GGCUGGCCGGCUGGCGAGCGCGCCGCGGGACCGCCCCGGUGCGUGGGCGCAAGUGACUCCGGCGACCUGAGGGAGCCCCAGGGCCAGGGCCGGAGGCAGCGACGGCAGCAGCAUGUCUCCCGCCUCCGAGGCCCCGCCGGCCGUCCAGGCCGCUGUCGGAGGCAGCCCGGCUGGCGGCGUGGCGGCGGCAGGCGCGGGGACCCAGUAGUGGCGGGGCGCGCCCUGGGCCCCGAGACCCAACUCCAGAGCGGCCGGAGUAAGUUGCGCCGCCCGCAGAGAGCCGACUGAGGGGCGCCGGCGAGCCAUGCCGGCGGUCAAGAAGGAGCUUGCGGGCCGGGAGGACCUGGCCCUCGCCCUGGCCGCCUUCCACCCGGCCCUGGCGGCCCUGCCCCUGCCGCCGCUGCCGGGCUACCUGGCUCCCCUGCCCGCCGCGGCCGCCCUGCCCCCAGCGGCCUCGCUACCCGCCCCGGCCUCGGGCUACGAGACGCUGCUGGCCCCGCCGCUUCGGCCCCCGCGCGCCUUCCCUCCGCCGCCCCGAGACCCGCUGGCCCUGGAGCGCUUCUCGGCCUCUGCGGCCUCAGCGCCAGACUUCCAGCCGCUGCUGGACAACGGCGAGCCCUGCAUCGAGGUGGAGUGUGGCGCCAACCACGCACUGCUCUACGUGCGCAAACUCUGCCAGGGCAGCAAGGGCCCAUCCAUCCGCCACCGCGGGGAGUGGCUCACGCCCAACGAGUUCCAGUUCGUCAGCGGCCGCGAGACGGCCAAGGACUGGAAGCGCAGCAUUCGCCACAAAGGAAAAAGUCUGAAGACGCUUAUGUCCAAGGGGAUCCUGCAGGUGCACCCUCCGAUCUGCGAUUGUCCGGGCUGUCGAAUAUCCUCGCCGGUGAACCGGGGGCGGCUGGCAGACAGGAGGACAGUCGCCCUGCCCCAGACACGUGCCCUGAAGAAGGAGAGGACUCCCAGCUUCUCUGCCAGUGACGGAGACAGUGACGGGGGUGGCCCGGCCUGUGGGCGGCGGCCCGGCUUGAAGCAGGAGGAUGCCCCACACGUCCGUAUCAUGAAGAGAAGAGUCCACACCCACUGGGACGUGAACAUCUCCUUCCGAGAGACAUCCUGCAGCCAGGACAGCAGCCUUCCUACUCUCAUAUCCAGUGUACAUCGAAACCACCACCUCGUUAUGCCCGAGCAUCAGAGUCGCUGUGAAUUCCAGAGAGGCAGCGUGGAGAUUGGCCUGGGACCCACAGGUGACUCAUUAGGCAGGAGGCUGGGCUGCUCUCCUCACAUCAGCAGUGACUGCUCUUCGGCAAAGCGGGCCCGAAGCAAGUCCCCCCAAGAUACCCUGCUGCUGCCGGAACUGGGGCCCAGCAUGGCCCCUGAGGACCACUAUCGGCGGCUCGUGUCAGCCCUCAGUGAGGGCAGCACCUUUGAGGACCCUCAGCGUCUCUACCCUCUGGGCCUCCCCACCCAUGAUCUCAUGCGGGUCCGGCAGGAGGUGGCAGCUGCAGCUUUGAGAGGCCCCAGUAGCCUGGACGUCCACCUGCCCUCACCCGCAGCGGGUCAGCGCCGGAAGCAGGGCCUGGCGCAGCACCGCGAGGGGCCCACGCCAACAGCUGCCGCGUCCUUCUCCGAGAGGGAGCUGUCGCAGCCGCCCCCCUUGCUGUCGCCCCAGAAUGCCUCCCACAUCACCCUGGGCUCCCAUCUCAGGCCCCCCUUUUUGGGGGUGCCCUCGGCUCUGUGCCAGACCCCAGGUUAUGGCUUCCUGCCCCCCGCCCAGACGGAGAUGCUGGCCCGGCAGCAGGAGCUACUGCGGAAGCAGAGCCUGGCUCGGCUGGAGAUGUCGGCGGAACUGCUUCGCCAGAAGGAGUUGGAGAGCGCGCACCGGCCGCAGCUGCUGGCGCCUGAGGCGGCCUUGCGCGCCCCGGACAGCGCUGAGGAGCUGCAGCGGCGCGGGGCCUUGCUGGUGCUCAAGCACAGCUCGGCGCCGCUGCUAGCCCUGCCUCCCCAAGGCCCGCCGGGCCCUGGGCCCCCCACUCCGCACCACGAGUCUGCCUGCCGAGCUCCCCGGAAAGAGGGGACUGCCUCUGCCGUAGCCCGGCCCAGCGAACCUAAGGAGCCAACAGGGGUUGCGCUCUGGGCUCAAGAUGGCGCAGAGGAGGCGCCCAAAGACUCAGACGGAGAGGACCCCGAGACGGCAGUUACCGGGGACCGGGGCUCCACCCCAGCCCAAGCCCCAGCUGGAGGGAGCAGCACGGAGGGGAAAAGGCCUCUCUCAGGGCCCACCCUGCCUCCACCCCUGCCCCUGGGCUUCCCCUAUGCGGUUAGCCCCUACCUGCACACAGGAGCCACGGGGAGGCUCUUCGACGGGGAGGCAGCCACGGCUCCUGAGGACAUCAGCAAGUGGACAGUGGACGAUGUCUGCAACUUCGUGGGGGCCCUGUCUGGCUGCAGCGAGUAUACUCGGGUGUUCAGAGAACAAGGAAUCGAUGGGGAGACUCUGCCUCUGCUGACUGAAGAGCACCUGCUGACCACCAUGGGACUGAAGCUGGGGCCUGCCCUCAAGAUCCGGGCCCAGGUGGCCAAGCGCCUGGGUCGUGUUUUCUACAUGGCCAGCUUCCCAGUGGCUCUGCCGCUGCAGCCACCAACCCUUCGGGGUCCUGCGGAGCUCACCCCAGGAGAACAGUCACCAACAGUCACUUCCCCCUAUGGGGAGAGCCACCCCAUUGCUGGCCGAGCCUCGCCCAAGCAGGAGAAUGGAACCUCGACCCUGGCUCUGGCCCCUGGGGCCCCCGACCCUUCCCAACCUCUGUGCUGAGCAGGCAGGUGGGCCACCAGCACUUCCCCAGCUCCAUGUGGCCCUACCUCCCUCAGGCAUUUUGUUCCUUUUGUUUUUGGAUGCAAAAAUACCAAGAAUUUUUAAAAGGAAAAAUGUGUGACUGCAGAAGAACAAGUUUCCAAAGAUUGGGGUAACUGCAGAGAUCUGCAGACAAACCAAAGACAAAGGAGGAGACAGGCCAGGGAGCUUGCCCUCAGCCUGGGAGGAACUCUGGUCUUCAUCUGGGCAGCAGCUCAGCACAGUUCUCACUAUCUGGUCUGCCAUGCUGUACCUGCUGACUGCCCUUCAGGCUGCACAGGCACUGGAAUCAGGGGCACUGCAGGAGCCCCUAGUCCUCCUCUGAGAGCUGCAGAUCCUCCAGCUCAUCCUGCGGCCCCUCAGCCAGCCGCCACAGCUCGCCAGGGACCAGCCCCGCCUCUGCAUCUGGGCCUCCAUCUGCAAAGAGAGAUGAGGCUACAUAAAUUCCGCUUUAUCAGGAAGAA